AGAGUACUUGUUUAUAAUUAAAUUUGCUGCUUAUGUUUACAUGCAUUGUAUAAAGUAUGAGUCUUUACAUUUUCAUGCAUUAAGGAGAACAAAGUUAAAGAACCUUCUUGUGCUUUUUCUCCAUUUAAUUUGUCUCUCUUCAUUUUCUUGGUCAAGUUUGAAUUGUGAUGCAUUUGUAUAUUCACAGUGGGGUUUUUUUGGUCUUCUUUAUUAUAAUAUGUUGAAGAUCUCUCACAUGGAAGGGGAGCUAGAGUAACCGCUAAAGUUGUUAUCACGUGAGUAGGAGGUCACGAGCUCAACCUCUUGCAGUAAUGCAAGUUAAGGUUGAGUUCAGUAGACCCAUCCCUUCUCAUACCCCUCGUAUAGUAUUCAAUUGGUAAUGACUGAUUAAGUGACUGUUUUUGGAGGCACUAAUUUGGCUGACCUAAAAAGGAUGCCUUUUUAGAAAUGAUUUGCAUUGAGGAUGAAUUAUUGGGUUGGAAAGAUUUCCCAAAGGGGCUUAAAGUCCUCCUCCUUGAUGAAGAUAGCAACUCUGCUGCUGAGAUGAAAUCAAGGCUUGAGAAAAUGGACUAUAUAGUCUACACGUUCUGCAAUGAGAGUGAAGCUUUGUCUGCAAUCUCUAGCAAAUCCGAGGGCUUUCAUGUUGCCAUUGUGGAGGUAAGUGCAGGCGAUAAUGAUGGGGUCCUCCAAUUUCUUGAAAGUGCCAAAAAUCUACCAACUAUAAUGACAUCAAAUAUUCAUUCUCUCAGCACAAUGAUGAAGUGUAUUGCGCUUGGUGCAGUUGAGUUCCUUCAGAAACCAUUAUCAGAUGACAAACUCAAAAAUAUAUGGCAGCAUGUAGUUCACAAGGCAUUCAAUACUAGAAAGGAUGUGUCCGGACCACUUGAGCCGGUAAAAGAAUCUCUUCUUUCGAUGCUACAGCUACAACCAGAAAAGGGUGAACCAGAUGACAAAAGUUCAAAUGGAACAGAACCUCUCAUUGCAGUUGCGGACAACAAUACCGAACAGUCAUCGGGCUGUGAUAAAUACCCUGCUCCCUCAACCCCUCAAUUGAAACAAGGAGUGCGGUCAGUGGAUGAUAGUGACUGCCAUGAUCAUACUAUCUUCUCAACUGACCAAGACAAUGGGGAGCAUGAUGGUGACACUAAAUCCGUCGAAACUACUUAUAACAAUUCACUUGCUGAGAAUACUGUCCAAAUAAGUCCUCCUGGGCAACAACAAGAUAUAAUUUUGAAAGAGGAGAAUGGUUCAUCUCCUCAUCAAACUAUGGAGGCUGAUAUUGCUACCUUUUCACAAAUUAAUGACUGCGCUGACAAUAGUGAUGGCUCAUCUCCUCAUCAAAAGACGGAGGCUGAUAUUGCUACUACCUCUUCACAAAGUAAAGACUGCCCUGACAAUAGCAUUAGUCAUUCUGCUGAACCUAGUAAAGCUUCUGGUCCCCAUAGCUCAAGUGGGACUAAAUCCAAUAAGAAAAAGGUGAAGGUAGAUUGGACACCUGAACUACACAAAAAGUUUGUUCAAGCAGUAGAGCAACUCGGUAUAGAUCAAGCCAUUCCUUCUCGAAUACUAGACGUGAUGAAAGUGGAGGGCUUAACGAGACAUAACAUAGCUAGCCAUCUCCAGAAAUACAGAAUGCAUCGGAGGCAAAUUUUGCCAAGGGAAGUGGAAAGGAGAUGGCCCCAUCCGCAACCUAGAGAUUCAGUACAAAGGAAUUACUAUCCUCAUAAACCUGUCAUGACAUUCCCACCAUAUCAUUCUAAUCAUGUCGCCCCAGCUGGUCAAUGUUAUCCUGCUUGGGUACCACCGGCUAGUUAUCCGAAUGGUUUACAAGUGUGGGGUUCACCUUACUAUCCGGGAUGGCAGCCUGCAGAGACUUGGCACUGGAAGCCUCAUCCAGGGCUGCUUGCUGAUACAUGGGGCUCCCCUGUCAUGCCACCAUCGUUUGGAUCGUAUCCACCAUAUCCCCAGAAUGCUGGAAUGUACCAGUCUCACGGAAUGCAUAACAGAUAUAGCAUGCUAGAGAAGUCAUUCGAUGUUCACCCGGCAGAGGAGGUGAUUGAUAAAGUAGUAAAGGAGGCAAUAACCAAACCAUGGUUACCACUUCCUUUGGGCUUAAAACCUCCUUCCAUGGAGGGUGUACUCGACGAGCUUUCUAGACAAGGAAUCUCAACCGUCCCUCCACGAAUCAAUGGCUCUCGAUGUUGGAGAUGAGAUGACACUCAUUCUAAUUUUUUUCUGGGUCCCACAAAAAAUGAAUAACUGAUUGGCACAUAGUGAGCCACGUGUCGAGCCUCGGUUCGAAGGCCGAAAUUGGGUUGUUGUAAAUAAUGGACUCAAAAUAUGGUUUCCCCCUUUUUUUCUAGCCCAAUUUUGGAGGUUUGGGCUGAUGAGUAUGUUUUGUUGAUUGCUUUAGAAAAUAAUGAAUAAACCAUAAUUGCUCAGGUACUUGGUUAUACCAGAGGCGAAUUCUUUUUA